GUUGAACCUUUGCAAUAUUCACACCUACGCACCUGCCAUUUCGUCUAAUUCAGCGUGGUCCAUUAUGAAGUGAUGAAAAACAUUGCGAUUGCCUAAUCUUCAUCUUAUCAAAUUUGUCUAAUCCAAUUUUAGAAACUAUGGAAGUAAUAAAGAUUUUUUCAACAACGCAAUCAUGUCAAUUUCACGUUCUGUGGUAUAUAUUCACCAGCACUUAGGGAUUGUAAGAUAUUUAAACAGAAACAAGUUGACAAAAAUGUCAGCUGAGAUUUUACACACGUAUGAUUAUGGCGAUAAUCUGUAAAUUUAGCUAAUUUUUAGGUCAAAUUAAAUUUCGGUUAGCUCAUCAGACAAAAUUUGAUCACGGCUAAAUUUAAUAAACUGUUGUAUUUAUUAGUGUAAAAAUGAAUGUCAGAGGCAGCAAACGUCCUACUGGCAAGCACUGUCGUCAUUGCAAAGCACCGGAGAAGUCCGUAUUUGAAGAAACACCUUUGCUUACGAAGUAUGAGGAGAAGCACUAUACUUUGGAAACCAAUGAAUACAACUUACGGCACUUUUACGACCAAGAAAAAAAGGAUCUGCCAAAGGAAUGGAGACCGAAGACGAUCGCCAAGGACUCCAUGAAGACGAUAUCUAUGUUCUCACGGAUAUCGGACAACCCUCUGAACCAGAAGUGGUCCGGUUACACCUUCAUGACGGAGCAUGAGAACGCGAGGAUUGAAAGGACUUAUCAGCAGGAUAAGGCCAACUCAAAAGUGGACAGGCUCAUUUGGCGCAAGUUCAAAAAGAAGUUAAAGGUGGAACAGUGCCUUCAGAGAAUGUCCAAUGCAGGACCAUUUUGGUUCCAAGAUCUGUCACCUCAACAGAUGAGUUUGAUCGAUAAUCUGGAAGUCGCUUUGCAAACCGACCUCAAGGAGAGCCACAGCGGAAGGGCGCAGCAGUUCUUGUACGACCUUGGGAUUUGGCCGGAGGUACAGCCGAAACUCGUCGCGAAGUGCGUCAAGAAGUCAGGAGCAAACGUCAUCGACUUCUUCUUUCUCAUUCACAAAGUAGUUGUCGAUAUCGAAACUCCAGAGUACGAAAAGAAAUUUGCCGAAUCAAAGAAGACGAAGACUCCCAUCUCGCCGUACUCGAUCAACGAGCGGAUCCUCUUAACUUCCGUGUUCCAUUAUCAUUUCCCGACUCUUCUGAAGAAAUUAGACCAGCUGCUGCCGCCUCCUUACCAAGAACCAACAGUGCUCUGGGGGAAGAAACCCCCCAAGAUCAAGAAACGUUACAAGUCACCUUACCUGGAGCCGUUGCCGAUCAACGAAAAACCUUGGUAUGAGGAGCGAGCCGAGGAGGAACUGGAGAGGAAGGUGAUAAGAAGGAUGAAGAGAGAGAAGGAGACCAAGGAAAGGCAAGAGCUAAUGGAUAAAAUGAAGCAGCAGGAAGCCAUGCUCAAGAUCAAGAAUCAAGAAAAGAGGAUAAAGCCAAAAGAAAAGGAAGAACAGAAAACAGCUGUCAGACCAGGAAGCAUAACGAUGUCCGUCUUCGACGAAGACGAUCUUAUCAAUAUGGCGGCGUUGCCACCUCGAGAGAGGAAGAGUUUCUUCUUCCAGAAAUACUCCAAACGCAUGAGCACUUACUUAGAAAGUCGUACAUCUAAUGAGGAAAUUGAAGAACAGGGCAUCGAAGAACAAUCUUCCACCGUCAUCAGGCAUAAGUCUCUUUCCCCCGAGGAAACAAAGAAAGAUAUAGGACAGUCAGAAGAAGAGUCGAGCGAUCGGAAAUUGAUACCCGAAGAUUUUUCAGCUGCGACACUUGAAGUAGGCAGUGAACCGAUGUUUGAAGAGGUGAUCAAUUCCUAUUUAGAACCGGACGUCCCUGAUAUGUUUCCAAUGGUGGACGCAAAGGUGGCCGAGUCAUUCAGAACUUCUCUACUUGGCGGUAUUUUCGGUGCAUUUACUCACGAUACCAAGUGCCUGCUAGACACAGAACUGGAAGACAUUUCGGAAGAUAUUCACCUCAUCAAGGCUCCUUCGAUAAACACCCCGAAGACAUCCUCUGAGGAGACCGUGGAAGAAUUUAAACCGAAGAACUACUGGGUCCCAUUGGACAUCACUCUCAAAGAACUGACAUCCGUGUCCAGGAUAAGUUCCCGCUCCCAUCUGGAGCAGUCGCUCUUUCCGACUAACAAGAUGUCAGGUCCUCCGCUCCCUGACUUGUCGGUCUUGAAGAAUGUCAUCAGAGUAAGCAAGAAAAUAAGCUUGAAUAAGGACAUGCCUAUGAAAAAACCUUAUGUAGUAGAAUGUACCGACUCAACAUGCGCAUUGGUCGAAAACAAAGAAUUACCGAUGUCUGAGUUUGAUCUCGCAAAGAACAGGAUUAGUACGUUAGUGGGAAAGAAGCAGUUGAUCGCUGCCAUCAAGUUCUUGUGUGACAAAGGAGACCCAUUGGCCAUACUUCCUGAAAUGGAACUGGUACCAUGGCUCAUACGGUGGUAUGACAAGAGAAGAGGAAUCAAAAGAAACCUCACCAAAGCAGACAAAGAGGAGCUUAUAGAGAGAAGCCAGAACCUCUGGUCGGCGCCAUACACCUACCCUACGGCCGCGCCUAUGGUCGUCAUUCCGGAGGGAAAUUAUAGGUGGAACCAAAAGAGAUGGCUGAUGGACCUGAUAAACACAAGAUUAUACAACCAUAACAGAGCAAUCAAACACAUAUUGAUAGACAACGCUAGAGACCUGUUUCCAACGAUGUUUUGCGAAUAUUACGAUACACCUCUUAACAAACGCUUCAAGGAUACUUUCUACGCAUACUUCCCGGCAAGAGAGAGGGAUUGCCUGGUGUCGAGGCCAUGGGAUCCACACGCUGAUAAGGGGACAGAAACUAAAUCAUCAGAAUGAUUCAGGAUUGUAAAUAAAAUCGUUUUAAAUAAGGUUUUAUCGUUUAUUUUUAUUUACAAAUAGCGAACAUUUGUAAGUGUUUAUGUAUAUUACGCACAUAUAAUGAAGGUUACUUACUAUAUGAAAAAAAGCAUCCAAAAUUUGAUAGUAUGAAAAGAGACAUUUAGGAACAUUAAAAAUUAAUAUUAAAGAGAUGGCAACUAUUUAAGAAACCAAAAAAAAAAAUUAACAUAAAUAAAAAUGACAUUGGAUAUCAUUAAGAUAAAAACAAAUAAUAAAGAUAACAACUUCUUUAAUAAAGAAGCUUUGUUUCUAAAUUCAACAGCACACUCCCUUUUUUUAAAAGGAAGAAACAAUUAGGAAAAAACAUUUAUAUAAACUUUUUAAAACAAAGUUUUGAACUUCUCUAACAAUAUUGGUAUAAAAAUAAUAUAUCUAUGUACACAAUAAUUAGAAAAUAACUCUUAUAUAUAAAUAUAAAAUGGGAAACAAAACAAUAUCACCUUUCGCACCACUUAUAAACCACUCUCGCGCUUGUAGCAACAUUUACUAGUCUUCGUCUGAAUGGGGCAAAGUAUUGCCUGAUAUGGCACCUGGUACUAUUUUAUCAGCUUUAGACUGGCGUGGUCGAGGAGAUGGCGAUAGGCUGCCAGAGACAAGCUUUUCAUCGUUAUUCAAACUUUUCGUUCUUGGUAUAGAUGGCCUUCUGGCAUUUGAAUCGCUUACUGUUGACGAAACUACAUCAAGUUGCGAUUCUGACUUUACUUUGCCUACUGGAGCAGACGCCUUUGCAGUGGAUAAUCUAUCCGGUGUUCUUGACAAUCCAGUCGCUAUCCUAGAUUUUGCGGAGGCUUUGAUUUCUGCAACACUUUUAAUUGGUUUACUAACGGGAACUUUUUUAGCCGGGCUUCCGUUAGCCACAAUUACCUCUUUUGCUGGACUUUUAUUUCUUAUAUUUUGCUCAGGUUCUUUAACAGGUUUGAUUGAAACAUCCAAUUCAUUAUUAACUGUUUUUUCAGUUGAGCUCUCAACGCCAGAUAGGAUUGUUUCAUGUUCAGGAAUGACAUUGCUUUCAUCAAUAUCUUUCGAGAACGAGAUGUCGACGAUAUUAUUAUCCUGGCUGAUUUCUGAAUUUGUAUCACAAUUUUUAUCUUCGUCCAUAGUAUUUGAACUAGAUUCUUCCAUAGUCUCAGGUGUGGCGGCAAAUUCUAGCGCAGUCUCCAGAACAGGAACAGCAGAUGGGGUAUCUGAUUUUGUUUCAGUCUCUGAAACAAGCUCAGAUGCAGAUUCUUCCUUGAUCUCCGAAAUAGACUCAGCAGAUUCUGUCACGGUCUCUGAUAUUGUUCCACUAGGUAAUGUAGGAGACUCAGUCACAAUCUCUGCAGAUUCCUUUGUUGUCUCUACAGUAGGUGCAGUAGACGAAAUGGUAGAUUCUUCCUUGGUCUCUAAAAUAGAUUCAGAAGGUGACAUGAUAGAUUCUUCUACAGCCUCUGAAAUAUACUCAGCAGGUGAGAUAGCAGAUUCUUUUGGGUUCUCUAAAAUAGGUUCAUCAGUAGGUGAAAUGGUAGAUUCUGUUGAGGUCUCAAACAUAUUUUCAGCAGGUGAGGGGACAGAUUCUUUAGGGUUCUCUAAAAUAUCUUCAGCAAGCGAGGAAGCAGAGUUCAUAUUCUCAACAAUUUUAGAUGUAUCAUUAUCAAUGUUUUCUACAGCAGUGUUUCGAGCGACUUCUUUAUCGCCAGGAGUUGAUUCUAGUUUUUCUAUAAUCUCUGAUGUCUCUCUCUUUUCUUCAUUAUCGGUAAUAUCUUCUGUCAGAUCCAACAUUAUAUUUCUAUCGUCAACCAUAAGCUCGAUUAUUUUUAAAUUUCCAGUCUUUGAUAAGAUUUUGAAAUCAAAUAAAGUCGAACCGCCUCCACUUAUUUCUAAAAACUUCUCUUCAACCUUUGGAUGAAUAGCAACAUCUUUGACAGAUAGGCAACACUUAAUGGCUACUGGAGCGAGCUGUUCGAGAUUCAAGAUGUCUGGAAGUUCGUAGACUUCGCUAACUUCAUUUUCAUUCCCAUAAUCUAUAAAUUGGACAGUCACAACGGGCUCCUUCUGUGUAACUAUACCCCUGCACCAACUGUCAUCCAUAUUAUAUUUAGCGGAAACUAAUUCGCCAACUUUGAAGUUUUCUUUAAUUCUGAUCUGUUCGUCAAAGACCGAAUAUAUAGCCGUAAUAUGGUCCAGGACAGUCAUAACACUGAUUUCUUGAACGUAGAAGUCGCUGAUUGAGUUUAUAUGUGAAAUAUAACCUUGUUUUACAACAUUCAAUUCCGGUUCCAAAAGUUCCAUCGUAAUCCUUAAACUUUCCUUCAUCUCAUCUUGUAAUAACGAGUGCGAAGAGGCUUCUAACAACUCCAACUCUUCUAUAUCUUUCAGUGACUGUUCUUUCGAUUUCAGCAAUUGUGACGGGCUAGGUAAAUCUGAUUUUAUGUGAGAUAAAAGAAAGUCUAAUAUAUCCUUUCCAUCAUCAGUCAACAAAGAAACUAUAUGCGGCGAACCGCAAGACUUCAAUUUAAUAUGAAAAGGAGUUUGUGCGAAAUUGGUGAUUUUCACAAAUGUGGCAAGGAGCUCUGGCGUUUCUUCAAUAUUGAGACUACAAUGGAUUGCCAAUGGUGGUAUUGAUGCUACGUCAUCAGGAAGAAUGCGUAGAUCUGAAGUAGUAACAAUAUUACCAUAGUCAAUAAAAUAUACUUUAACUUGAGGCUGGGUCGAUAAAACUUUCGCCCUGUACCAGAGACCAUCCUCGUCAAACUGGACCCCAAAAUAUUCACCUAUUUCGACGGAACCAGUGUGCUUCACCAACUCUACUGUAAGAAGCCUGUUCUGAAUCUCAUCAACUGUGUCUGUCUUUGAUUCUUCAUGUAUGUGAAAAUCAUUAAGGGAAUUCGGCAAGACUACGAAUACUCUCUCAUUCUCAUUUAUGUUAGGAUUUUGAACGUCAACAAGCUUUUCGACCACUUUAUCAAUCGUUGUAUCAAGUGGUGCUGCAGUUACAGAAGGAGAGGCAGCAGCAGUAGACUGGGCAGAAUAGCCCUUCAGGUAUUUUCUAAUGUUCUCGGGAACGUAAUCAUUGUAUUCCGCAAAACCUGCUUCAAUUAAAGCUUCCGAGAGGAGCUUACCUUCAGCUUCAAUAUCGACCACUAUUUUAUAAUCUACAUUAAUUAUUUUGGCCAGAAUUGAUUGUUUUUCAAUAAAUGCUUGAUGGAUUUGUAUAGCUUUUUCAGACCAUUCUCUAGAAACUGGUUUAACACACAAAUACAUCGGAAUGGCAUAUCCGGAUGAAGGUUUCAUCAUAUCUGAGGGUAACUCUUUUAUCUCUCCACCAAUUUGAUCUGUGUUACCAUAAUCUAUGAACCUUAGGGUAUUGUCGCCUACCUUGGUGGCCCUGUACCAAACACUGUCUUCUGAAUAUUGAGCAGUGAAUACUUUUAGCUCAUCCGGACUACCUUCGUUUAGGUUUGGAAUCGUGUUAUGGAGCUUGUCUUGAAGUUCAUCAAUAUUGCUAACGUGCUUGAGCAACUGAGCCCAAAACAUAGUGAUGGAAUCGUCAUGGGAGACUACAAUCGGGACAGAAUCCCCAGCAACGAGAUCAGAUCCUAUGAUAAUAUUGUGAUCAUCAAAUGGAGAUUCGUUUUUCUCAGUAGCAAUGUUUCUUUUAAAUAACUCCUGAUUAACUUUGUCUCCAUUAGCAAAUGUUAAAUCUACUAUCCAAUGGCCAUUCAUAUCUCUUGUAAACUUGGCAAACAGCUCUUCACCCUCGACAACAUCUAGUAGAGGUGGUUUGGGGUUCCUCCAAUAAACUGACAACGUAACAUUCAAGCACAUUUCAGAAAAUAUAAACUUCUCGUCUAAUUUCCUAAGGUUUUCGCAAGGAAGCUCUUCAGUGCUGCCAUAAUCCAGAAACCUUACGGUACAAUCAUUUGCAUCGUUGAUCACUUUGGCUCUGUACCAAUUGGAAUCUAAAUUAGAUUGAGCAGCACAGAUAUCUCCAAUCCUCCAUUGGGUUCCAGGAUCAGAUGCUGUGGCCUCAUAAAAGGUGUACAUGUCAUCCAGGAGUUGCGCUAGCCUGUCAGCGUCACUAAGCCGUUGUAUGUAGACGAUAGCCCCCUCACAAUAAGUGACUGUGACAUGGUCCGAUCUCCGGACAACAGGGAACGGGCAAAUGGGGCUCAAUUUUCGUGAAUUUGUUUCUUCCUUCGGACCCAUCAAACUUCCAUUCAGAUUAAAAAAUACAACUUUCAGUCUGAAAAAAAAAAUACUAUGAAUAAAAACAAAUACUCUUAAUUAAUUAUAACAUUACUAUCUGAAUUAUAAUUGACCAUUAAACUGAUAGGAGAAGUGGAUUGGGGAUACGGUCAGAACUUUAAACAUAAAUUUUCCCGACACAAAAAUCAUUAAAAGCUGCAAAUAGUGUAUUUACUUAUAUACUGUUUUCAGAUAAACAUACAAAAUAUAAUAAUGAAAAAAAAAAAAAGAUUCCUGCUUAACAUCCCUGAUCAAGGCCUAAAACUAAGCCUUAGGUUGAAACAAAGGCACACAAGGAAAAAAUUAAAAAAAUUAUUUUUGGUUUCUUUUUCAUGUUAGACAGACCACAACCCCAACCAACUUUCCCUACAAUUUGUUGUAUCUAUUUAUCUAUCACGGCACUACAACUCUGUGACUAAAUUCAUAAGGUCAACAAUAUUUUUACCAUUGUUUAAGAAAUUUCAAACUAAAAAAAACAAAUCCUAAAUUAUUUCUUAAGUUUCAAAUUUUUAAUUUUUAUCUGGUACAA